UUUGAAACCCAACAUUUUCUCAAGAGGAAAACUACGGAAAGGAAGGUCUUGUUGCUUUAAAACUAGAUAUGAGUAAGUCUUAUGAUCGUGAUGAGUGGAGUUUUCUGCGUGAUAUCCUCCUGCGCAUGGGUUUUGAUAGUAGAUGGGUUGAUAUAAUCAUGACAUGUGUGUCUGAGGUUAGUUAUUAUAUUCAGUUUGAUAAAGAUUUUUUGAGUCCGAUUGUUCCUGGGAGAGGCUUACGACAAAGAGAUCCUCUUUCUCCUUAUUUAUUUCUCCUUGUGGUUGAUGGGUUGAGUUUACUUUUGAGACUAGCGAAAUUGAGAGGAGAUAUUCAUGGAGUGGCUAUCUGCAGGGAAGCACCGAGUGUCUCAUCUGUUGUUUGAUGAUGAUAGCUUUAUGUUUUUCAAAGCAGCUAAUGAUGAACGUAAUAUCAUUAAAAAGAUUUGCAGGAAUGUGAACGAGUGUUAGGACAGGCGAGAAAUUUUGCAAAAUCUAGCUUGACUUUUAGCACAGAUGUGGGGAGACUUUCAAGGAUAGGUGAUGCAAUCUCUUUGAUAUUUCGAGAGAUGGGGGAUGGAACAGAUAUCUCGGAUUGCCCGCAUUGAUUGGUAAAAAGAUAAGAUGACAAUUUUGGGUUACUUACGUGACAAGAUCACCAAUGGGAUUAAGAGUUGGAAUGAUAGAUUUUUCUCACAGGUGGGUAGAGCAGUCUUACUCUAAAAUGUUAUUCAAGCCAUGAUGACCUAUGCGAUGAAUGUAUUUCUUCUCCCGCGAGAGUUGUGUAACGAGAUUGAAAAGCUAAUGAACGGGUUAUGGUGGAAAGAGUUGAAGUUUGAUCAAAGAUGCCUCAGAUGGAGGAGACGGGCCUGGCUUUGCAAAUCGAAGGGGGUGAGGGUUUGGGUUUUCGGAAAUUAAGAGAAUUUAAUUUGGCCAUGUUAGCAAAACAUGGGUGGAAGUUGGCGACUCAUUCAAGAAGCCUCAUGAGUCGGAUUCUUAAAUAUAGGUAUUUUGCUAAAACUGACUUUUUGAACACCCAGUUAGGAAGUAUUCAUUCUUUCAUUUGGCAGAGUAUUUUGGAAACUAAGGUGAAGAAUAAUAUUAUAAGAAAAGUGGGGAAUGGUAAGAGUAUUCAAGUGUGGGCAAAUGCAUGGUUAAAAGAGUGUAGUUCUUGAUAUGAAUGUUGCUGCUCUACGUGAUUGUAUGGGUAAGAGAUGGAGUAGAGAUCGUACUUUCUAUUUUUAAUGUUGAAGAGAGUAAAAAGAUUUUGAGUAUUCCUGUUACUUUGUGGGACAUGGAGGAUGGAUACUGAUGGAGGGGGAGAGAAGAACGGGUUGUUUUAUGUCAAAAGUUGUUAUAAGGCGUUGGUAGGAGGGUCGGAUGCUGAGGUCUAUAACGGUUGGUCACGUAUGUGGGAUCUCCAUGUGCCACCUAAGGCUAAAUACUUUGCCUCACGGUACUUGAUGGCUCUCUCCCGACCCUAGAAAACUUGCAGCGAAGAGAAGUUACGGUCCAGACUGAUUGCAUGUUGUGCAGUCAAGCUAUGGAGACUGGUGAAGUGGAGGGGGUAUGAAAUGCUUCAUGUGUGUGUUUUGAAAUGGACAUCGGGGACUCUUGAGGAAGGGAUUAAGUCAAAGUUGGAGCGAUUAAGUAAGGAAGGUAGUUGUAAGUUCAUAAUGCUGCUUUGGAGUCUUGGGAAGCGGAGGAAUAAUUUGGUGUGGAAAGACUCGAGUUUAGGAACUUCAGUGGUUUUGAGUUGUGCAAGAAGCAUGUAGAAUACUUGGAAGGAUUCUUAAAAAAGAAGUGAAGGGGGCAACACACCUAAUACGAAUAGGGUGGGGCAGUGGCAACGUCCUCAAAUGGGUUAUACCAAAAUUAAUGUAGAUGCAGCGGUAACGAUGCUGGUGGUAUUCGGGCAUGGGGCUGGAUUGCCCGGAAUGAGCAAGGUGAGUUUAUAAAGGCUGUAGGCGGGUCAAUGAAGCCAGAGUGGUCCCUGAUUGAGACUGAAGAUUGGAGCCUUCGCGAGGCGAUUUUAGGGGCGGAAAAGGAAGGGUGGAUCGGAGUAAAGUGGAGUUGAAGUCAGAUGCACUUGUAGUGGUCCAAGGUGAAAAUGCGUUUAUUAUCUUGAUCUACUUCUUGACGACAUCGAACAUUAUAUUCAGAGAAAGAGUCAUUUUAGCAUCUAUUUUUGUAAGUGAUCUGUGAUUCGUGUUGUUCAUGCGAUAGCUCGAGCACAUGUGUCCCUCUAAGAUCUUAGUUGCGUUUAUGAUUUAGUUCCUGAUUUCGUUGUAAACCAAGUGACUAAUGAUUUGAUUAAUUAAUAAUUGUUGCACGUUUUUUCUUUCAAAAAA